AUGGCCGAGUACAGUGCGCAGCCCGUCAACGGGAUGCCUGGACAACAGAUCACGCGCGGCUCGAACGACCGCUUUGAGCUCAUCUCCGGUCCCCUGAUCAACCUCAAGAACAUGCACUACGAAGCUACGACUACCUGGCACGGCAGUGUCUUGAUUGUCACAAAGCCAACCCAGGAGCAGCCCCAGCUCCGUUUGCGCCAGGUAGGCGCCGUGGAUAACGGAGCCCAGAACGACGUCGGCAGGGCCCCGACAAGCCAAACAAUCGACGGCCUCAAGCUCUACGAGGAUCCGCUGAAAGCGUUCUGGCGAUUCUCGCUAACCGUGCCAGUGGCGGCAUUCGAGGCGCGCUGGGCGUACGACAUCCCCGGUCUGUACAAUGAGUCCGCGGACCAGAUCCAGGCAACGUGGGAAUUCGUCGUUCCUGCAGAAGAGCAGUCCAUGCGCAUCAUGUUCCACUCGUGCAAUGGCUUUUCCGUCGGCACGGACAUGAACGCCUGGGUGGGUCCGAACCUGUGGAACGAUGUGAUGCGCGUGCAUGGCGAGAAGCCAUUCCACGUUAUGGUUGGCGGCGGUGACCAGAUCUACAACGACGGAAUUCGUGUGGAUGGCCCGCUCAAGCCUUGGACUGCGAUUUCGAACCCGCACAAAAGGCGCAACCAUGACUUCAAUAAUCAGAUGCGUGCUGAUUGCGAUGACUACUACUAUGCCAACUAUGUUCGCUGGUACAACACUGAGCCAUUCCGCACUGCCAAUGGCCGCAUCCCCCAGGUCAAUAUCUGGGAUGAUCAUGAUAUCAUUGAUGGGUUCGGCUCCUACACGGAUCACUUCAUGAAGUGUGCUGUCUUCCGCGGUAUCGGCGGUGUCGCUUUCAAGUAUUAUUGUCUCUUCCAGCACCACAUUGCUCCUCCUAAGUCGACUUUCACUACCGAUUCCCCGCAGACUAUGCACGCCGUCAAUGGAACUUCCGGUGUUGACCCGCGUCAAGUGGAGAACACCUACGUUCUGGAGAACCAGGUCGAGGACGACAGCUGGAUCAUCGGCAAACGGCCCGGUCCGUACGUGGAAGAGAGCAGCCGAAGUAUCUACAUGCGCUUCGGCAAGCGCAUUGCCUUUGUGGGUCUGGAUGCGCGCACAGAGCGCACCCGCCACCAGGUCAACUACGAGGACACCUACAAUCUGAUCUUCGACCGGUUGCAGCGCGAGAUCGUCGCCGCCAACGGUGAUAUCAAGCACCUAGUGCGCUUCGGUCUGGCAGGCGGCCUCUUCAACGAAUUCGACGGCCAAGUCGAUCUCCUCGACGACCUGGACGACCACUACACCGCGCGCCAGCACAAGCGCGAGCGCAAGAUGCUGGUCCAUCGCCUGCAAGAGUUCGCCCGCAGCCACAGCGUGCGCGUAACCAUCCUCGGCGGCGACGUCCACCUUGCCGCCAUCGGCCGUUUCUACUCGAACCCGAAACUGAACCUCGCAGGCGAAAACGACCACCGCUUCAUCGUCAACAUUGUCAGCAGCGCUAUCACAAAUAAGCCCCCGCCCCAGGCCGUUGCCAACCUCCUUGCCCGCAGAAACAAAAUUCACCACCUCGACCGCGAAUGCGACGAGACCCUCAUGCCUUUCUUCGACAAGCAGCCUGGCGGCCAAGAGAAGAGCGCCGCCUUCAAUAAGGUCACCAUGCCAUCCCGCAACUACGCCAUCCUCACCGAGGUCGUCGCCCCAAGUCCCGGUAACCCCGGUGUCCUCCAAGCCAGUUCCGCGAAACUGGAGCGUCUUCCUAAGGAUGGCCACGCACCACUGCACAAGGGCGAAGUUGAUGCUGGAACGACGCACAGCGCCGCUGACGGGUUCACCUGUGCGAGCGGCAUGUAUGGCGGACUUGACAUUUCCGUCCGUGUUGAGAUCGAUCCCCAGAAUCGUAGCGCUACUACCGAGGGAUAUGGUUUCAGUAUCCCGCCCCUGUUGGCUACCGAGGGCCCCCCGUCUACCGGUCGCCGGCUUAGUCUGUACUCGCGCAGGUCCCAGGGUCGACCAUCGACGGCGCAGUAA